AUGAUAUUCCGAUUUCUCGGCAGCUCGCUCUUCCUCCUCUCCAUCGUCUUCACCAUCCCCCUCGCCUUCGAUGUCGGCGGACGUACCUGUGGGCUCGCCUUCAGUCUGAGCCUGGCAUCAUACUACUUCUUCCUCUCACUCCUACGACUCGCGACACCGGACACCUCGACAUGGCGACGAGCGGGAGUGCGAACAGUGGCAGCCCUACAACCUCUGGUCAUACCCGCGCUGCUGAUAUGGAGCUUGAACAAGUUCAGUGUGGAUGGAGGGAGUGAUGCCAGCUGGGUGACGCGCGCUUUCUACAACGCGACCAAGCCGCUGCACCAUACGAGCUUGAGAGAUUGGGUAUUUGGCAGGGAGGGCUUGCUGGAAAGUACAUUCAUCGGCGGAUGGGACAAGCUGCUGCGAUACUCGACGCCGGUCUUCCAGUUGACGGAAGGCUUCUGCAGCUUGCUGGUCAUUCAAGCCUCUGGUCAGGUCACGAGAUUCCUGGUCAACACGAGCGACUCUGGCGACAACUGGAUGAUUGGACUCCUGGUCGUCUCCAGCAGCAUCAUCGCCAGCUCGGUCUACUUCCUCUGGCGCAUCACCACCUUCCCAGGUCUGGACAGCCAGGAUGCAGUCCUGAUCGGCAUCGCCAUUGCUUGUGCCGUGUUCUUGGCUGCGUGGGGAAUAGGAAGUGGACGUGGGAAUGUGGUGGAGAGCAGCUUGCUGUUCGCGUACAUCACCCUCUGCAUAUACCAGAUCUUCACCGACUACCAGCCAAGUCACCCCCUGCCGGAAGUUCCAACGCCAGACGCCGCGGAGUUUCCUCCGCUACCGCCCAUACUGAUGGCAAGCUACACCACCGUCCUUCAAGCGCUGUCAUCGUUGCCAGCCACAUUGCACAACGCCUUUGGCUUCAUGCUGGCCGCUAUUCAGACAGUCACCCCUUCGGUCAUCAUCUCGUUGAUGUACCGCCUGAUGGUGCUGUACGCAGCGGCAAGAAUCAUCCCAGCCGUACGAGAAUCUGGUGCACGGGCAUUGGCUGAAGACCCAUCUUUCGAAGAAUCGUCUGAGAGUGUCCAAACACUGAUGGGACUGUUGAGCUACUUCAGUCCAAGCAUCCUCAUCGCAGUCUACACCAGCCUGCUGAUGCAGCACUUUGCCAGUGCCUCGGCCGAUCAACCUGGAGAGUGGUGGACGAGUCAAGGUGGUGAAGGUGGAGGUAAUAUCAGCCGAUGGGCCAACCUGGCUGGAACCAUGGCCUUGUAUGCAGUGGAGCUGUACUUGGGCAGGGCCCACGAUGACGGACUGACAAGCCACUGGAAGUUGGAUUGA